AUGGCGACUAGCGUCGAUUCCAAGUUGCUAAAAUCAACCAAGUUCCCUCCUGAGUUCAGCCGGAAGGUGGACAUGACCAAGGUCAACAUCGAGGUGAUGAAAAAAUGGAUUGCGGGUCGCAUCUCGGAAAUCCUAGGGAACGAGGAUGAUGUCGUCAUCGAGCUCUGUUUCAACCUCCUGGAAGGAUCGCGUUUUCCCGAUAUCAAGUCUCUCCAGAUUCAGCUCACUGGGUUCCUGGAUAAAGACACCUCCAAGUUCUGCAAGGACUUGUGGUCACUGUGUCUGAGUGGCCAAGAGAAUCCCCAGGGUGUUCCUAAGGAGCUUCUGGAGGCCAAGAAGCUUGAGCUCAUGCAAGAGAAGGUUGUUUUCAAUCUGCAGAUUGAGGCCGAAAAGGCCGCCGAAGCAGCCCGACGACAAAAGGAACAAGAACGAACCCGGGAACGUGACAUCGAAGAAUUGAGACGCAGGGAGCAAGAGGUUCCCGACACUCACGAUCCCCACCACCUAGAUAUCGAAGCCGUGAUCGAUUCCGUGAACCCGCUCGGCGUGAUUUUGAUUCUUAUGUCCCGUCUGGUCCCCGCAGAAGAUCCCCUUCUUACUCUCGCUCCCGCUCCCGCUCUAUUUCUCGGUCACCGCCUCCUCGUCGUCAUCGCCAUGAAGGACGGGAUCGACCGCGUGACAGACGCCGUCGUUCCCACAGCAGAUCGCAGUCUCCCGACCGCCACGCUCGCAGAGGAACCAGGAGACGCAGCCAGGAAUAUGGUGAUCGAGCCAGAUCCGUUACUCGAAGUGAUUCAUCGCGCUCACGUACUCCCAGAAGAGACCGAAACAGACGGCGGCCUGCCUCCCGCAGCGUGA